UUUAACAGACCCUGUGGCAGCACCGCGGUUUACGGGCAACCUCCCCUUUAAGGGCGAGCGCCUCCUCCCCUUUAAGACGCACCUGACCGCACCUGCGAGGAAGUUUCCCAACAGUCCCGAGAGACGUCGGUGGGUUUGAGCCUGGCGACCAACUCCGGCGCUGCGUAAAUAACGUGAGCUGCUAAAGUUUGGCUGUGCUGUGUGAUUCUCAUCUUCGAGGGUGAAGAGUAAAGCAUGGAUGUUUUAUAGUCCUUUUCUGAACUGACUGGAGAGAUUUUGUCUCAUGUCUCGACUCCUGGAGGACGGUGGGGCCCCUCAAGACAUCGGGGAUACCAACAAAGAGUCUGAACCAAUCGGAGGGAAGAAGAAACAGGAGAGCGAGGAGCAUAUGGUCAUUACAGCCAAUCAGGAGCCCAGCACCCUGCUAUGCGAAGCAGAAAGAGAUGGAGAUGGAGACUGUGUUUGGGAUACGAAGAACAGAGAGAGUUUGGGGGGAGAAGAAGGGAAGAGCGAGGAGAAGAGGAGUGUGCGUUCAGAGUGUGUCUCUCUCCGAGCAGAGAGUCGUACAGAGAGUGAGAGAGAGCUCCAAACAAGGGGGUCGAAGGAGUGCAAUGCAGAGGCGGAGCCACAGCUGAAGGCGACAGUAGCAAAGGAAGAGGUGGAGAUGGAGGUGGAAGAGGAGAACUACCUCCCUGAGAAGGCGGCGCAGGUUUUCAGCCUGCCGGCCUCCCGCAGGCACAGCGAGACAAACUGGGACAUGGAGACGGAGAGAGGCCCCUUCCUGACCUCCCAUGGAUACCUCCAGGAAUGGUCCCCAAAUGAGGAGCCUUCCAAAUGUGCUUGCAGCUGUCUCAGCAGAGAUGUCCUGAAGUUGAGUGUGUCUUUCUUCACCUCAGCGCUCCUCUUUCCCUUCCUGGUCUGGGGCGGAUAUGUCUUCUUGCCCUUUGACGCCCCUCUGCUAAACGGCAACUCCCUCAGGCUGUUGUACACUCUUCGUUGUGCUGUCUUUGCCUCUGUGCCCAUCAUACUGGGCUGGCUGGUGCUGGGAGUGAGUCGGCUAAGGACGGGGGAGGUCAAACCCAUGUUUGAAGGGGAGGUCCGAGAGGUCAGCGUCCACAAGUCCUUCAUUGCUGACUCCAUCUCCCUCUUCAUACUCUACUUCCUGCAGCUGGUUGUCAUGGCGAUGUAUAUCAGCCAGGAGCAGUUGAAGGUGGUUCCUCUGCUCACCAUCAUCUUUGCUCUUGGACGCCUGAUGUACUGGCUGACAGCCGCUCUGGGUAGCAGCACGCGGGGCUUUGGGUUCGGUCUGUCCUUCCUGCCCAGCCUGGCCAUGCUGGUAGCCAACCUCUACUUCAUCUUCACCAUGGAUGCUGCAGGCUCCAUCUAUGCCCAGGAGGGGCCCCCGCUACCAGACGUCCCCCCAUCUACCAAACAAAGGUUCUGGGGAUGAGAGGCUGAAUGGAAGGUGUACAGAAGAUGUUCUUCACCGAUUUUUCUUUUUUAUCAGCUGGUUUUGAAAAACAAUAAUUUUUUUUUCCUACAUGUAAAGACUUCCAGUUCUUUCUUCAAUAAAACAUCUCUCUGAUCGAGACUAAGGUGAAACAUUAUUUUCUAACUCAAUUUUAGCACGUUAAAAAUAGUAGCUUUGAAAAAUGACAAAAGUUCUGUUGGUGCCUGGUUGGAAAGGUUUUGUGGUGUAACUUCAUGCUAAGACAAUUGUUUUUCUUUUUUCAAAUUCCUUUGAAAAGAUUAUUUGUAUUGAAUAGAACUUCCUAGAGCAAAACAAACAGUUUCACAGGAUAUUAUAGACUCUUACAUGUAGAUCUUUUAAUGAAAAUAGAAAAGCUCCUGUAAAACUUGAUCAUAGUAAUGGCAGGACCAACAACUGUUUAUAUUGUCUUCAGAAAAGUUGCAGGUUAUUUGGUUUAUGAAAAAAGAAUUGAAAAUAUUAACUUAAAUGACUGAUUGUUGCCAAAUUCUGAUCUUUGAAAACAAAAUUAACUCAGCAUUCAAAGGUUGGACCAAAUGACAGUCAAAGCUCCUGUGGUGGUGCAGGAAAUCCUUGAUAUUGACAAGUUAGAAUAAAUUAAAUUUAGCUAAAGAAUAUUUUGCUCAUUAAAAUACAUGCACUUUUUUCUGAAAUAACGAGUUGGUUUUCAAAUAACUUGUAAAUUAGUUUCCAGGAUUCUUGCCUAUUAAGAAUUUUUCACAAUAUCCACUUUGUAAUAAACACUAAUAACAUGAACAUCUGUGUAUUAAAGUAUUUUUAAACUGAG